AUGAAUGGCUACAAGAAUUAUUUUCCUUUCGAAAUUGAAGAUGUAGAACCGGAAACAAAUGAAAAGUUGUUGGAAUAUUUUAAAGGCGAGUUUAAUGGUUUCGUCCGAGUUGGCCCUAAAGGCUAUUUCUUUCCACAAAAAUAUCGAAAAGAAGCGGCUAAUAUCUACAACAUGCCGAUAAGAAAGUCCGAUGUAUUUGUCACCAGUUACCCACGCUCAGGUACAACUUGGACUCAGGAAUUGGUUUGGAUGGUGGCCAAUGAUUUGGAUUAUGAAAAAUCGAAUGCUAUACCGCUCACAGAACGCUAUCCCUUUUUAGAAUUUUCUAUUUGCGUCCAUCCAUCAAACAAAUCGAAAUUUAUGGAAGAGAACAGUCACAGUGAAGAAAAACUAAAACUUUUAGAGUUUGUCGUCCAGCCAGGAACAGAUCAACUGGCCAAUAUCCCAUCUCCAAGAUUUAUCAAGUCGCACAUGCCACUGUCACUCCUCCCGCCCAAGUUACUUGACACUGCUAAAAUGAUCUACGUGGCACGAGACCCCAGAGAUGUCGCGGUCUCAUUCUACCAUCUUAACAGGCUAAUCAGGACCCAAGGCUACGUUGGGGAUUUCAAAACUUAUUGGAACUUCUUUGGAAAGAGUCUCCAUCACUGGACACCUUACUUCGAGCACCUAAAAGAAGCAUGGGAGAAAAGAGACCAUCCCAAUAUGUUGUUCCUAUUUUAUGAAGAACUUUCCAAGGACUUGCCAGCAACACUACGGCGCGUAAUUAAGUUUUUCGGCAAAGAGUUCUCGGACGAACAAAUAGAACGCCUCUGCGACCACCUCAGCAUCGACAACUUUAAGAACAACAAAUCUCUGAACUACGAUGUAAUGAAAGAACUCGGCAUUCUUAUUACGGGAGAACAAUCUUUUAUUAGAAAAGGUAAGGCUGGUGGUUGGCGAGACUACUUUGACGAAGAGAUGACACAACAAGCAGAGCAAUGGAUCGCAGAAAAUCUACGAGACACAGAUCUGCGUUUUCCGCAUUUUGAAAUUUAA